ACCCGGGAUUCGGGAGGGGGCUUCACUCCGCGUCGCGGGUCAGUGGUUGAGGAAACCGGCGCGUAACUGUAUUCAUGAAAUGUAUUCCUUUUUGUUCCGGGUGAACGGUAGUCAUAUUUUGCGGAAAGGCCGCGUUUGAUGAGUUUCGGGGGGAGGCAUUAGGCCUAGGUUUUCAGUACGUUCCAUUUUCAUCGUGAGAUGACUUCGUCAUCUUCGUCUUCGAGCGGCCCAACGGCGUUCCCGCCGCCGGCCGUCUUUUUGGCAGUGCCCGGUCCGCCGAUAGUAGCUUGGCCGGCAUGGAAGCGUGCUUUUCUGACUUUUCUUGACGCGUCGGCGUUGCAUCUCGUAGAACCGUUCCGGAAAAAAGCCAUCCUGUUUUCGCUGUUGGGCACUGAGGGCCAGCGCAUCGUGGAUGCAUUUCAGCUGUACGAGACGGUUGCGGUGGAGGGGACUGACGAGUUCCAGGUUUUUCUGGAGGCAGUCGAGAAGCAUUUUGAGUUUUCGGGUAGUAUCGCGCUUGAACGCCAGAAGCUACGCGGUUUGUUCCAACGUCCCGGCCAGUCGGUAACUGAGUUUCUUGCCGUGUUGCGCCAUCAGGCUUCGUUUUGUGCUCUGGGGAACGCGCUCGAUGAAAGACUUUGCGAGGUUUUCUUGGAAGGCCUGGAGUCCAGACGCGUUCAGGAUCGCGUUCUGCAGGAGUGCGAGGGCAGCGAGCUGCCAACGCUGUCGCGGGCUAUCCAGAUCGCUCGCCAGUACGAGCAGAGAGCAAAGACGGCCGCAAGUUUUCGGCGGCGAGAGUCGCAAGUCCCGGUCGCGGCAGAAGUCCAGCGUGUCCAGAUCGAGAAACGUCAAACGGCAGCAACACAAGAUGGCGGCCAAGCGUCGUCUUCUUUCAUCGAGCAUGGGCAAGAUGGCUACAGCGGCUACCCUCCCUGGCCUCAACCUGGCUACCCGCCGUCGCAGCUUGGACCCAGGAUGCCUUGGGCUCCGGUGGCCUCCGGUCACGUGCCCCGUUUUCCGGCGAGGGUGUUCCAGCCUCAGCAUGGGCGUGAUCCCGCUCCGCCUCGGACGGGUGGGAUCGGAGCAGACGACGCCUGCUACUUCUGUGGACGCCGCCGUCAUGAUCGGGCGGUUUGCCCGGCGUCUCAAGCGACAUGCUUCUUAUGUGGAAAGUGGGGACACUUUGCAGUGGCGUGUCAGAGUCGUCGCCCGCCGGCGGCUGCCUUCACCUACGAUCGGCGACAGGCAUCGUUCCCGGUUCAAGGCCGUGGUACUCGGCGGACCUUCGCCGACAGACAGUUCAGAGGGGACCGGCCCGGCCGGGUGAACGUGGUCGGCCAGUCGCUGUCUCCUGAGGAGCUGCCAAGCGUCAGGCUGACGGAGGAACCUGUGGUCGUCGGGACGGCUGAGCGACAAGAAGGCGGCAGCAUGCGUCGUGACGCCUUUAUGGCCGAGAUCACGGUAAAUGGGACCCCUCUUCGUCUUCUUGUUGAUACCGGUGCAUGUGUGUCGAUCCUAAAUGAACGCAUGUUUAACGAAGUUAAUAAGCAGCGGAGGAUAAAGUUACAUCCGCCGUCGACGCCCCUCGUCCACUAUUUGCAAGAGACCAUUCCGGUACUUGGAUGUUUUGUGGGACAAGGAAUUUUUAAGAACCGCUGGACAACGUUGGAGUUUUACGUAACCAAGACUGGACGCUCGUUACUCGGCAUCGACGCGGUCCGCGAGUUGCAACUGGUGUUGAAUGGCGCUAAACAUGAGUGUUUGUAUGCGAAUGCAGCUCACGGAGGAGGAGCACCACAGCGGGAUGUGAGGCCCACGCCCAACCCGCAGCGACGACCGUUCACCGCGUCGUCCUGUCAAGCAUCCGUCAUCCUGAGAGUCAAGAGCUCUACAGUCCUGAGAGUCACGGACUACACGGUCCACAAGAUCAUCCGGGGAGUCAAGCGCCCCAAGGAAGCCAAGAAGGGACCUCUUUUCGUCAGCCUGAUGGUCGAUGGGAUGGGAAUAAAAAGACAAACAGACUGGGAUGGUAAAGAAGUCGUCGAGUACUGUGACCUGGGUCACGGCAUCAUCCGCAACGACUGCCUCACCUUUGCAAAGCACGCACUUGUAUUUCUGGCGGUGGCAGUGAACCGAAACUGGAAGAUCCCCCUGGGCUACACCCUCAUCGAUGGUCUGGACGGCAACGCUCGCGCCAACCUGGUACAGGAGUACAUCAUUAAACUGAAGGAUGCUGGAGCAAGGUGUAUAAGUGUGACCUGUGACGGGACAAACUGCAACAUUACCAUGCUCACAGCGCUCGGAGUGCGCUUUGCACAGCCGAUGAAGAGCUGGUUCACGCAUCCAUCGGACCCCACCAGCAGGGUCCACGCUGUCUUGGACGCCUGCCAUAUCCUAAAGCUCACGCGAAACCUGCUGGCCGAGAAAGGGUGCAUCAGAGAUGAGGCAGGUAGGGUCGUGGCCUGGCGGUAG